UUUAUUUAUUUUGUAUUAUUUUUAACCGGUGGAGGCGGCGUGAUCACGGAGAAUGAGACUGAGCGAAGCUGCCAGGGUUUGGGGGAGGAUAAAGCUGAGUUUAGGCUGGAAACUAAAAGACUAGAUUGUUUUUUGGUCCAACUUGCCCGGUUCCUCUCCACUUGCUUUAGUUUCGCUCCAUGGACAGAUCAACAAACCUGGACAUCGAGGAGCUCAAGAUGACACGAGAACAAUACAUACUAGCAACACAACAGAAUAAUUUGCCAAGGGCUGAGAAUGCACAACUGUACCCAGUGGGAAUUUAUGGAUGGCGAAAGAGGUGCUUAUACUUCUUUGUCCUUCUGCUGUUGGUUACCAUGAUAGUUAACUUAGCCAUGACAAUAUGGAUAUUGAAAGUUAUGAAUUUCACUGUGGAUGGUAUGGGAAAUCUGAGAGUCACCAAGAAGGGAAUCCGACUUGAAGGUAUAUCUGAGUUUCUCCUUCCAUUGUAUGUGAAAGAAAUUCAUUCCCGAAAGGAUAGUCCACUGGUCUUACAGUCUGACAGGAAUGUAACAGUGAAUGCAAGAAAUCACAUGGGGCAGUUAACUGGACAGCUGACAGUAGGAGCUGAUGCUGUGGAAGCUCAGUGUAAAAGAUUUGAAGUGAGAGCGAGUGAAGAUGGCAGGGUGCUGUUUUCUGCAGAUGAAGAUGAGAUUACCAUUGGGGCUGAAAAGCUGAAAGUUACAGGCACUGAAGGAGCGGUAUUCGGGCACUCUGUCGAGACACCUCACAUCAGAGCAGAGCCUUCCCAAGACCUCAGGCUUGAAUCACCAACCAGGUCCUUGAUCAUGGAAGCUCCUCGAGGGGUCCAGGUGAGUGCUGCUGCAGGAGACUUCAAGGCCACUUGCAGGAAGGAGCUCCAUUUGCAGUCGACAGAGGGGGAGAUAUUUUUGAAUGCAGAUACAAUCCGGCUGGGAAACCUACCGACGGGCUCCGUUUCAUCUUCUUCACCUAGCUCCUCAAAUGCUCGACAGACAGUGCAUGAGCUGUGUGUCUGCCCUAACGGCAGACUGUACCUUUCUCCAGCGGGAGUAGGUUCUACUUGUCAGUCCAGUAGCAACAUCUGCUUGUGGAACUGAAGGGACUGAUUUCUCCUCACACCAGAAUAGCCUUUUGUUCCUGUCCGUCUGCUUCACAGGUCUGCUCGGUUUCCCUUGUGAUCAGUCCAGAGCUUCUUCAAAUGGUCCACGGAGCAACUUCUUCCAG